ACUUUUACUCAAAAUGGCUACUAGCGGCAGAGAAAAUGUCGACAGAGCUGACGGAAAUUUCAAUUCCAGUGGAAACUACGAACAAUCGGAUAGCAAUAAAGAAUUUAAUAAUAUACCAGGAAACUUGGGCCCUCCCUCUGGAUUCCCUCCAAGAGGUCCUCCUUUUCCGAUGAGAGGCCCUCCCCCUAAUAUGAGGGGACCACCACCUCAUUUUAACAGGCCUCCUCCAUUUGACGGUCCACCACCUGGUAACUGGCCUCCACCAAGGAAUGUUCCUCCAAAUAUGGGAGGAGGUGAACCCUCAAGUUUUCCAAUGGAUUCUAAUCAAGACCAAUCGAUGGUAAACGAACAUGCCAAUCCAAUUCAAGCUGCGUAUCCUGGUCAAGAAGUUUGGGUCGAGACUAUUUCACCUGAUGGCAAGCCGUAUUACUAUCACUCGCAAUCACGAGAGACUCGGUGGAAUAAACCUGAAAAUGUUGUUGUUUUAACACAAGAUGAGGCAGAGAAGCUAUCACAACCACCUGAACAACAGACCACAAUGCCAGCCCCAUUUCGAGGCCCACCACCAUUUGGAGGCCCAAUGACUAGACCACCGCCGCUGGCUGGUGGACCACCUCCAUUUGGCGCUCCACCAUUUGGUGGACCUCCUCCAGGAAAUUGGGGUUUCCCUCCAGUGGGAAUGCCAAUGAGAGGUCCACCACCUGUUCUUAAUAGUGGAAUGAUGAGAGAAAAACCACCUGAAGUUUCAGACUGGACGGAACAUAGAACACCUGAAGGAAAACCCUACUAUUACAAUUCACGUACCAAUGAAACGACCUGGAGUAAACCGAAAGUUUUGAUGGAUUGGGAAUCUAAAGGUGAAGAGGACGAGGAAGAGGAUACGCACGUUGAAGGACCCCCUGGCGAAGUCCUUAUGCAUAACGCCUCAAUUAAGAAAGAUGGUAUGGGAAUUGACGAAAAAGUUCUUGCUGAUGUGGCAAAAGUUACCGCUGAUACCGCUACAAUGGAGGCUCGAAUGGAAGCAGCUCGACGGGAACUCGAACAACAACAAAAACUGAAACAGAAAGAGGAAGAACAAAAAAAAUCAGCUGAUAAAAGCAAACCAGUUUCUUCAACGCCUGUAUCUGGAACACCUUGGUGUGUCGUUUGGACUGGAGACAAUAGAGUUUUCUUUUAUAACCCGUCAGCAAAAACCUCUGUUUGGGAACGGCCAGAAGAACUUAUAGACAGGAAGGAUGUUGAUGAAUUUAUUUCAAUUCCGCCAAAAAAAAAGAAACGUGAGGCUGAAGAGGACGAAUCACCCGUUACUAAAAAGAAAAAGAAUGAUUUCAAGGCAAGUCUGCUUGCGCAAGCUGAACCUCAAAAAAUCGAUGCAGGGAAAGAUGCUGCUAUUGAAGCAGAAGCAAAGGCUUCCCAAGAGAGGGCAAUAAUUCCUUUGGAGUUGAGAAUGAAACGUUUCAAAGCGAUGCUUGCGGAAAAAGAGGUUUCGGCUUUUUCAACUUGGGAGAAGGAGUUACAUAAAAUAGUGUUUGAUUCACGUUAUUUGCUUUUAACCUCCAAAGAAAGGAAACAGGUUUUUGAAAGUUAUGUUAGAGAGCGAGCAGAAGAGGAGCGAAAAGAAAAACAUAGAAAAUUAAAGGAACGGAAAGAAAAUUUUAAAAAAAUGUUAGAAGAAGCAAAUUUACAUGGAAAGUCAAUGUUUAGCGACUUUCAGUCUAAGUAUAAGAAAGAUGAACGCUUUCAAGCUAUUGAAAAAGUUAGAGAACGAGAGGCCUUGUUUUAUGAGUUUGUUGAAGGUUUGCGUAAAAAAGAAAAAGAGGAAAAACAUCGCGAAAAGGAAAAAUUAAAAGCUGAAUUUUUUGGACUUUUGAGAGAAGAAAAUCUUGAUAAGCACUCCAAAUGGAGUGAAGUAAAGAAAAAAAUCGACACUGAUCAUCGUUAUAAAGCUAUUGAAAGCUCCAGCAGGAAAGAGGACUGGUUUAAAGACUUUAUUAAAACAAUUAAAGCGGAUUCUUCUGAAGAGGAAGAGGAAAGAGAACGAGAAAAGCAGGAACGAAUUGAAGAAAGUUUGAAGAAGAGGAGAGAAGAGGUUGAAGCUUCAUUGUCUAGCUCUUUAAGGGAAAGGGAAAAGGAAAGAGAGAUACAUAAGAGAGAUGAGGCUAUUCAGCAAUUUAAGGCCCUACUUGUGGAUAUGGUUCGGGGGGCUGAUGCAAGUUGGAGAGAAACGAAAAAAGCUCUCAAAAAGGAUCAUAGGUGGGAUUUGUGUGAAGAUAUCGGUAGAGAUGAAAAAGAGCGUUUGUUCAAUGAGCAUGUUGAUAAUUUGGCUAAUAAAAAUAAGCAAUUGUUUCACAAAUUAUUAGACGAAACGCCUCAAUUCACUCUAACUUCAAGCUAUAAAGAUAUUAAAAAGUACAUAAAGGAAGAUCCAAGAUUUUCUAAAUUCUCUUCAAGUGACAGGAAACGGGAAAGGGAAUUUGACUCCUACAUGUACGAUAAAUUUGAGAAGGCUAAGCAGGAAUUAAAGGAUUUACUGAAAGAGACGAAAAUUAUAACUCAUAAAUCUAAACAGCUUCUAGCAGAUACAGAGGGUUCUCAUUUAGCUGAAAUUGAAAGCACUCUGAAAAAUGAUAAGCGCUACUUAGUUUUGGAUUGUGAUAAAGAAGAACGGCGAAGAAUUAUUAUGUCUUAUAUCGAUGAUAUGCAUAGAAAGGGUACCCCACCACCCCCAACAGCUACUGAACCAAAUAGAAGAGGAAAAUAA